UCUAACAAAGAUUUUGGUGUUGACGGAGUCAACCAUGUGACCCACCUAAAUCGAGAACCUGAAGAGCAUGCGAUUUAGUUGGACCGAACCUGUAUGAGCUUGAUUUUUUAGUUGGAACCGGUUUCAGUCAACGCCGAACCCGUUUGACUCUUUUUCUUGACGUUGGCGGGUUCGGAUCCUCCACACGUCACUCCGCAGCCGUUUAAUGUGCGAGUACUCGACGCAUGUGGUGGUAGGUUUGGGCAGCGGGAUUUGUGGAACUCGAUGCUUGGAGGUGACGUGGCACGCGAUCCUUCCUGCGACUAUAAGGUAUCACGAGGAUAACCGUCGGCUUUCACGGACACGACAGGUUCGUUGGCUUUCUCGUAUUUAUACGCGCGUUGCCCCAUAGCUGAAAUCAUCGCCACCGCUUAACUCGCGAUCCUUGGGACUACUCCGCUCUACCGCCAUGACCUCUGUUCACCUCUCCCCCGCCCAGCGUCACGUGGCCUUCGUCGCCUUCCCCUUCGGCACCCAUGCCGCGCCGCUUUUUGCCCUCGCCCGCGCCAUCGCCGCCGCGGCGCCGGGCGCCGCCUUGUCCUUCCUCAGCACCGCCCGGUCCCUCGCGUCCCUCCCCCAAGCCCAGGGGCUCGGAAACAUCCGCCUCGUCCCCAUCGCCGACGGAACGCCGGAAUCUUCCGCGGAGCCGCCUCCGGCUAGCGAGCAGGCGAAGAUCGGGAUGUUCCUGGCCGCGAUGCCGGGGAGCCUUCGGGCGGGGAUGGACGACGCGGUGGCGGGGGCGGGCGGGGCGGCGGUGAGCUGCGUGGUGAGCGACGCCUUCCUGUGGAUGGCGGGAGAGGUGGCGGAGACGGCGGGGGCGCCUUGGCUCCCGUUGUACACUGGCGGCCCAGCGUCUCUCUCCGCCCAUUUCCACACUGAUCUCCUCCGCGAAACCAUUGGGGUCGGCGAACGAGCCAUCGCCCGUAGCAAGGAGCAGCUCCACUUCAUUCCCGGCCUCUCCGCGCAUCGAGUCUGUGACCUCCCCGAGGGCAUCGUCUUCGGCCCCCUCGACUCUCCGUUCUCCUGCCUCCUCCACCGCAUGGGCCAAAGCGUCGCCAAAGCCGCCGCCGUCCUUGUCAACACUUUCGAGGGCCUCGACCGCACCAUCGACGGCGAGUUCUCCGCCAGCUUCUCCAAGUACCUCCACAUCGGCCCCCUCCACCUCCUCGUGCCUCUUGCCGGCCCCACGCCGGACACGCACCACUGCCUCCCCUGGCUGGACCGCCACGCGCCAGCCACCGUGGCCUACGUCAGCUUCGGCUCGGUCAUGACUCCCCAGCCGGCGGAGCUGGCCGCGCUGGCCGAGGGGUUGGAGGCCAGCGGGGCGGCGUUCCUCUGGUCGCUCAAGGACCACGCGAGGGAGCUCCUGCCGCCGGGAUUCUUAGACCGGACCAAGGAGAGGGGCCUCGUGGUCAGCUGGGCGCCGCAGUUGGACGUCCUGCGCCACGCGGCGGUGGGUGCGUUCGUGACUCACUGCGGCUGGAACUCGGUGUUGGAGGCCAUGACGGCCGGCGUCCCCAUGGUGUGCCACCCCUUCUUCGGGGACCAAAGGAUGAACGCGAGGUCCGUCUCCCUCGUGUGGAAGAUCGGAGUCGAAUUCGAAGGCGGAGCGAUAACGAAGGAAGGGGUGACGAGGGCUUUGGACACUGUGCUGAAGGGUGAAGAAGGGAAGCGGAUGAAGGCGAUGGCUUGCGAGCUGAAGGCCAUGACGACGCGUGCAGUGCAGCCCCAGGGGAGUUCGUCGGUCAACCUUAAGAGACUGAUGCAAUUCGUUUGAUGUCAGUGUCUCUGAUGCCAAUAAUAAUAAUUAUUAUUAUUAUUAUUUAAUAAUAUUAUAAUCAUGGCAGAGGAAUAUUUACGUAAACAUGGGAGACACGUACGUGCAGAGCGUACGUGCGUACGUUUCUUUUAUUACUCUUAGGCCCCUCAGAAAAUAAGUAAAUCGGGAUCGGUACUCACUGGCAUUAAACACAGGCGCACGCUUAGCGCAUUGUUACGAAAAGAUCCCUGUCAUUAUUUGUUUAUCA